CCACCUUCAACAUCCUCGAUUUCUACCACCACCGAUUUUUCAACCUCGCGACCGUCAUCCUCCUCCUCGUUUUCAACCUCCUGCGCGAUUUGAUAACCCUAACCAAAGCAACCUUCAUCCUCCUCCUCGAUUUCAACCUCCUGCCCGUUUUGAUAACCAUUAUCACAUGAAUUUCACAAGUAGAUUGAAAAUGAAAAGACUAGAAGGAAAAGAUACACAAGCAGUUGUGAACAUGUUAAUUAAGAGAGGAGAAGAAGAUCCAAACUUUUAUUUUCGAGUAAAGGUGAACGAGGCAAACCAAGUAAUAAGCAUGUUUUGGAGGGAUGGAAUGAUGCAAGAAGAUUAUGACAUAUAUGGUGAUGUCUGUGUCUUUGACACAACUUUCAGAACAAACAAAUACAAUUUAGUUUGUGCGCCAUUUGUAGUUGUCAACAACCAUUGGAGUAAUGUGAUGUUUGGUUGUGCUUUUAUUGCUGAUGAGAAGACACACACUUUUGUGUGGCUAUUGGAAACAUUUCUGGACUCUAUGGGAGGCAAAGCACCUAUAACUAUCUUUACAGAUCAAGAUCAAGCAAUGGCAAAUGCUAUUGAACAAGUAUUUCCUAAUACAAGACAUAGAUUAUGCUUAUGGCACUUACAAAAGAAUGCUGUGUCAAGAUUUGGAGACUUAAAAGCUGACAAUACAUUCAAAGACACAUUCAAGAAGUGCUUAUAUCGUUGUUACAAUGAAGAAGAAUUUGAAACCACUUGGUUUGACAUGAUUACUAAGUAUAACCUUCAAGAUCAUGAUUGGUUUACAAAUCUCUAUACAAUAAAAGAAAAAUGGUGUACAGCUUUGAACAAAGAUUUUUUCUCAGCUGGAAUAUUGUCUUCACAAAGGAGUGAGAGCACUAACAAUGCUAUUGGAUUUAAAGGGAACAAAUCAACUUCACUAACAGAAUUCUUUCACAUUUUUGGAGCAACAGUGGAUCGUUGGAGAUAUCAAGAAGAACAAAAUGAAUAUGAUUGUGGAAAUGCUUUGCCUAAAUCUGAUUUUCCAAUGGUCGGAAUGAUAAAACAUGCGGCAAAUGUUUACACACUUACAUUGUUUAGAGAUUUUGAAAAAGAAUUCAAAUAUGCAAUGGGUUGCAUCUCAAAUGUCAACUACAUCAAUGGAAAUUUCUUUGGUUACAAAGUGCAACAUGAAUCUUGGCCUGAACAUACUGCCCAUUAUGUAGCAUUUGAUCCAACAACAAAUUCCAUUAAAUGCACUUGUAGGAACUUCGAAGAAUCAGGAUGGCUAUGUUUCCAUGCAAUACGAGUUCUACAUAUACAUUCUAUUGUCAACAUUCCAGAGCAAUAUAUUUCAAAAAGGUGGACAAAGUUUGCAAAAAGUGAAGUAUGGAAGAGAAUGGAACAUAAAGAAGAUAAUGGAACAGAAAAGAGAAAAAUUACUCCAUGGCGUUAUGAGAUGGCAAAAAAUUUGUACAACUUGGUUAUUAAAUGUCAAGGGAGUGAUGCAGCUAAAAAGGUGCUUAAAGAGGCUUAUGCUCAUGCUAACGAAAGCAUAAAUAAGGUUCUAGAAAAAGAAAAGGCAGCAGAAAAGGAGGCAGCACAAAAGGCACAAGACGAUGUUGAAGCACAACAAACCACAAUCAACAUAGCACCGUAUACAUCAUCAUCAUCAUCAAAUGCACCACAAAUAAUAGUUGAAAAUCCACCACUAGUGAAGACAAAAGGAAGAAGUAAAAGAAAAAAAGGAUUCUUUGAGAUAAGGACAUCGUCAACAGCACCUACAAAAUUUGGAACUUUUACACCAAAAGAACAACUUUUUUAG